AUGAAUUUCUUUCGCAUCAUGAAGAUUUCUGUGGCAAUAUUUUUCGUGUUUCAGGUGUUGGAUGACUUCGCAACUGGACAGCUUAACACUAUGAUUCCGAUGGGCCAAUCUGAGACGUUCCCUAUCAUACAUGCCCGUAAGUCCAUCUGCUUUUUAUACAUUUGUUUUAAAUACUACCGCGAGUCUCUUUAAUUUGCUUAAUUUAAAAAAAAUUGAACUUUUACAGAGGAUUUACAAUAUGGUUUUGCACAAAUUACAACAUUCUUUUUGCGGGUCAAAUUUUAGUAAAACGACCCGCGGUUAAUAUUUCCGUAAGCUUCUCAUUGAAACAUCCCCCAGCCACCUUCUUGAAAUUAUAUACAAACGGCACAUAUACAAUUUCUAUGCCUCGCUGAAAAAUUAUAUAUAUAUGUUAUUUACUGGCUGCGACUCGGUCUGUACUGAAAAAAAUAUUUUCCCGAGGUCUUAUAAGCGGUCCGAGGCCGAUGGCCGAGGGAAAAUAUGUUUCAGUACAAACCGACCUAAACGGUAAAUAACGUGAUUAUUUUUUUAUUUGAUGGUUCAUGGUCAUAAUGAAUUCCGAUGAAAAUCCAGUUGCGAAAUACAUUUGAGAUCAGUUACGUUUGUUACUUUAGUGCAAGUUGAAAAUCGGUCAUUUAAGGUUUUUGUUUUUAAAUUUUAUGUUUAAGGAAAAGUUGUGCGUUGUAAUAUUUAUAUUUAUAUUUAUAAGUAUAUUUUCGAAGAGUAACUGAAUAUAGCCUAUAUGUUUUAUAUACAGUCGUAGAAUUUUUCUUGCGUCUGCUCUCUUAUAAGAGCUCAAAAGACGGCAAAAUAAUGCUCUCUUAGCUCAAAAGAUGGCAAAUUCUCUCUUCUCAGAUACUUUGAGAGACAAUGAGAACUAAUUUUUAAAGUUUCUAUCGAUUUCUACCUUCCUAUAUAUUAGAUACUUUUAAUCGUUAAAGGAUUGGAAAAGAUUCGAAACCGUUUUAAGAUUUAAGAUUUUUCGACUUUUGAUUUGAGAGAGUAUAAAUAAGUAUUGAAUUUUUUCUGAAGAGUGCAGGGGGUAUAAGCGCUUUUAAAUUUUUAAGGAAGCUUAAAUGUGGGCCAUGUCGAUGCAAAGGCAAAUGCCAAAGAAUGAAUUAUGACAAAUCUAUAGAAUAUGGUAUGGAUUUGUCUCAUCUUAGCAUACAACCCAGUUCAAAAAUAUUUCAGAAAAUGUUAUGUUAAAGACAUAGCGGCAAGCGUUUCACGAAAAGCUGGGGUUUUUUUCAAGCGUGCUGGCGGAAACUCAGUCAUUUACUCAAGUUAUUUUCGGCGUUUGUAUAUAUGUUAAUAUGUAAACAAUUGAAAUUUUGCAAUUAUUUUCUCGGCUCUAUAAUCUAUAAUGAUUUCCAAACGACAGACUUUCCCUGUCAACUUCUUGCAUACCUAUAAGCUAUCUCUAUAUAGUAUACUAUUUGAAAACAAUUAUAGCAAGUAAAAAGUUCGGCCGCGCGCUUGACGCCUCAAAAUUUGACAUGUCGACGAAUCUCCAGCAAACCCAAGGCUGAAACCAGACCUUAUGAAUUUCACUCCGGCUACGUCGAAAAUACGAUGCUAUAAAAUUUAAUUGGAUUUCGCCGUUUGACCAAGAAGAAAUUUUAUCUCGACAUUAUAAUGGGGCUGCAACUAUAAACUCCUAAACUAUUAUAUUAAACCACCUGCCAAUUUCUAGUGCGCUCGGCCAUGUCGAUGCAACGACAACGGUCAAAAAAGUAAUUAAAGGCAUUGAAUAUGGUAUUGAUUUGUAUUAUAUUAACCUACAACCAGUUCAAAACACUUUCAGAAACUGUUAAGCUUAAUGGCCCAUACAGACCGAACGCGAUUCGACAACGCAGCGCGUAUAUUUUCGAUUUUCACCGACCGAUAACUUUGAUCCUGGUUUAAGUUUUUCAAGUAUUUAGAAGCGCUAUCACAUUUUAAGUUAGUUGGUCUACAUAUAUUUUAAAAGUUCUUUUUAUUGGCUCUUUUAUUAACUUUCAAAAACUGAAAAAUCGGCGGGAAAGUACUCUAGCUCACUCACUUGUGUGUAGAGAAAUGAAGUUUUGUAACUAUUUUCGCCGCAUAGUCUGAUGAUUUCGAAAUGACAUGCUUCGCUUAUCAACUGCUUGCAUGUUUAAUUGAGUUCUCCCAAUUCUAUUUGAAAAACAACUGUUAUAUACAAAGUUUCAAUUUGAAUUUAUGACUAUAUGAAUUUCAGUCCGGCUAGGUCGAACUUUUAAAACUCAUCCGCGCAGAAAAUUGUCCUACAUGUGCACGUUGCAAUUUAAUUUAAAGGACUUUAUCGUUUGGCAAAGAUGAAAUUUCACUACAAGGAUAUAAUGGGGCGGAAACUUAAUCGCUAACAGUCAUUUAAAUCCACAGGUUAAUUUCCAUUGCACGCGCGCGUGGCUACAAAACUUAGGCGAAAACUCCUGCAAAUAUUUAGCUUGACUACAAUGGUCAGGAGUGAUAGGUCGAGUAUUCAAGGUAUAUGAUAUUAACGAAGAACGAAGACAUUCACAGCUAUUACACAAGAAGAAAAAACGACCUCCACCUCCCAAAGACGAACACACACAAGGGAAAACAAAGACCAAGCUCCCAAGCAUCAAAAGAUUUUAACAAACUAGAACCGGACAUUAGAAACGCUAACUCGUUAUCCAAGUUUAAAGCUCUAUUAAAAAACGCUGUGUAGGCGAGAAUUACAUAGUAAACAUAGUCUUAGUAGCACUGACCAUUGGAAAUACGUGGAUGACGUAACAAUAUCGGAGUCCUUAAAGAAAAAUGAACUUUCAGUCCUACAAUCUGAUCUUAACACAAUUGAAAGAUGGACUGUUAAUAACAACAUAAAUUGAACGGAAAGAAAUGCAAAGAAAUGAUAGUGAGUUUCGUCCGUAGCGAGAAUGACAUCCCCCGACUCCUCAUUGAUGGUUUACCUCUAGACUUGGUUCCUUCUUUCAAAAUUUUGGGCUUAAUCAUGAACUAUAAAUUGAAAUGGCAAGAUAACACUGAAGCGUUAGUUAAAAAAGCCUCAAAACGCUUAUACGUUAUUCGUGUCCCACAGCGCUGUGGUCUUCCCCCCAAUGACCUCUUAUUAGUCUACUUUUCUAUGGUGCGCUCUAUCUUAGAAUAUGCCUGUCCUGUCUGGCACACCAUGUUACCAAAGUGUUUGGGGGAUAAAAUUGAAAAAGUUCAAAAAAGAGCUUUCUGUAUUAUCUAUCCGACAACAGAUUACGAAGAUGCUCUCAACAUCGCUAAAUGCAAGCGUCUUGACGACAGACGUCAAGAGCUAUGUGCUAAAACUUUCAAAAAGAUCUUAAAACCAGAUGCUCACCUCAACCACCUUUUACCCCCACUCCGUGAAGAAUCGCAUGAACUGGACUUAAAAAACAAUUCUAACUUCACAUUAACUAAAUGCAGAACGGAACGUUUUAAAACAAGUUUUAUACCAGCAAUGACUGCUAAUUUUAAUAGUAAAUAAUUUGUAGUAUUUUAACAAUUGUACAUGUACGAUAUAUCUAUAUUUAUAUUAUUUGAUAUUCAUCCUUUAUUAUGUUUCUGUAAGCAUAUUGCUAUUCAACUUCGGGUGCCAAAAUGUGUUUCUUAAUAAACCUUUAAUAAUAACACAGUCACGGAGCUUUUAUCUUUUAAAGGCAGCUCCUGAACCACAUGCAUGCAGUUGUUUAACGUAUUCUGCCGUAUAGCAAAUCAGUAUAAACUGCAAAAUUAUAACAGUUGAGCAUGUUUUGAAAUGUUAUUCUUAAAAUCAUCAUCCAACCUCAUAGCUGCAAUGCCAAAGGAUGCAGCCUCAACUAUCUGGUCUUGAAUUAUACUUUAAAGUGAACAAAUAGCAAGACAACUAUAAGGAAAUUUAUAUUCGAUCCCUGCCGCUCGGGCAAGCUUUGAUUGGCAGAUUUUCCGUAUUCCGUAGGAAGAAUCGCGAUAACCGGCGUCUUCACCACGUAGCAAAUUAAUAAUAGACUUUCUCGAUUCUGGUUUCAACUGAAUUUCGAAGCCUAAAUACUUGAAAUAUGAAAGUUCCCUCGAAAAGCCGUAGCAGGCGGCAUAUUUUCGAUAUAUACGCGAGCAAAAUUAUUUUUGACAUUUGAGUUACGUAAUUACUUCCAUUAACGAGAUUGACCAAUGGGAAACUUUUCCGAAGAUUCUUCGGAGAAGAACAGAUUAAUCACAGGCAUUUGGGCAGCUGUUUAUUUAACGACGCCCUCUCUUCUCCCGCCCGCACUAAACAGGUAGGGUAGCUCGAUAACUUCGUACUUUUCGGGUAGCUCGAUAACUUCGUACUCUUCGUACUUAGGCAUGCAGGUGAAUUCCUAAGGUCUCCUUUUUCACGUGAUAUUUUAGCUUAAUUAGACUCAAAUGAGAGUCAAUAAAGAGUCAAUAAAGUCAACCAAAAGAGCUGGGAACAAAAUGUCUGUCAACGCAUCUUAUGUAGCUAAAUGAGUUAUCCGACAAUUAUAAAGCCAACAUAAAACAAUCUAGACAACAUAAAAGCCCUCAUUCAGCCUUGCCACGGAACCUUGCCCCCCCCCCCUCCCCCACGUGACGUUAUAUGAAACCACAGAAUUAAUAAAUUAAUAUAUUUUAGAUGUGACUAGUUUAAAAACAAACAUCAUCGCUCAAUUGAGAGAACCAACGUACGAGGUUUGCGGCUUUAAUUGCGCAGAACACCGUUUCUGUGUUGCAUUCAACUACAAGGAGAAGUCUGAGGGAGAUGAAUGGAACUGCCAGUUAACAAAUACGACUCAACAUAAAUUUGACAAUAAUGCCAGCAAAAAAGAGCGAGUUUGGACGCUCAUCAAAGAUAAUGUAGACCGAAGUCAGGUGGUAAGCAAAUACAUAAUACUUUUUACAAAAUUUGGGGACAAAGGGUAUAACUUCUCAUUAAGGUAUACGGCAAUAUAUUUUUUUAUUAUUUCAUUUGGAAGAACUUUUAAAAUUAUAUGUUAAUCUCUUUUACUAAUUUUGCGUAACUUUAUUAUUUCUUGAGAUAUUUGAACAGAAAAAACACAAAUCAGCGAGCUUUCCGCCAUCUUGGAUUUUGGCGGAUAUGCAUGUGACAUCAUAAGCAGGGUUACGCAAUAAUUUUAUCCAUAGAGCAAUUGAUUAUUAUGAGCCCAAAAUCAUAUACUUCUGUAACUAUUUGAAAUAAAAACUGUCUGACGACUUUUCAAACAAGACAAUGUUAUUUGGUCAUUUAGAUGUAGUUUUAUAUGGCUAACCCCGCUUAUGACGUCACUAGAAUCACCGAUAAUGAGAUCAAAAUUAAUCAAAGAUGGCGGAAAGCAAAUUAUUUAUUAUUAUUAUUACCCUGUCAACUUUCCCUGUGGGAGGAAACACGGAGUACCCGGAGAAAACCCACGACUUUCGGCAGAGCGUUGACUUUACUCUUUUCACAUUAGGACUGGGUUCCAGUCACAAUGAGAAGUCUUCACUGAGAUUCGAACCCGCGGCCUUAGAGGUGAAAGGCAAGUGCGCUAACCACUUCGCCACCGAAGCAAAAAAAUUUCAAGUCAAAAUAUUUCAAGAAAUAAUAAAGUUACGCAAAAUCGGUAAAGGAGAUUGAGAUAUAAUUUUAAAACUUCUUUAAAAUGAAAUAAUAUAUAUAUAUAUAUAUAUAUAUAUAUAUUGCCGUAUCUCUUUAAUACCAGAAUCGCUCUACAUUGUUUUUCAUGGGUGCAGGAACCGGGGGAGGGGAGAGGGAAAAUUGUGAAAAGGGGGGCAUAAGCCCCCCCCAUUUUAAGUUUAACCCAAGUUUAACCUACCUCCCCUCCCCCCACUUCCCACCUCGACGCCAAUAUCUGAGGGAAAAUAUAACGAUAAAGAAAAAUUUAUCCGUUGGACAAUUUCAUGAACGUCCAGAAACUUUAUAGGACUAGCCUACCCCCCCCCCCCAUGUCAAAUAAAAACUGUUCCGUUUUAAAAUAUUUUUAUUCUUGGAAUUGUUUAAAAAAUGUGUACAGGACAACGUUCCCAAAUAUGGUAAUUCAACUAUCUCAGGUAUAUACAUAUCUAACCCUUAAUUUGAUCGUUCUAAGGUAUUUUCGGUAAAAGGUCUGGUAAAUUCUUUGAUAAGAAUUUCUUAGCAAAUCUACAUAGCCCUUUUUUCAAAGUUGGACAUGACGAGGUUUUGAACAUGCGGUUUUAUUAAAGUGGCACUGUUAUCAAAAUUUUUAUUUCCUUAAACGAGAAUGCUCUUAAAACUGUAUAGUAACUUGUUUUGAAGAUUUUUGUUCCCAUGCUUAGUUCUUGAGAUAUUUCAUUUUGUUUGUAACCAUGUGACGUCAUUUACUCAAUUACAUAUAUAAUGAGAUAUCAGUAAUUGUUGUGUAUCUUUGCUAUUUUUGAUGGAUUUGUUUAAAAAAAACAGUAUGCUUAAUGAUGUAGGUUAAAUUAGCAGACGCGCCGCAUCUUUCGAAAGAUUUUGAUAAAAAAUAGCAAAAAUACACAACAAUUACUGAUAUCUCAUUAUAUAUGUAAUUGAGUAAAUGACGUCACAUGGUUACAAACAAAAUGAAAUAUCUCAAGAACUAAGCAUGGGAACAAAAAUCUUCAAAACAAGUUGCUAUACAGUUUUAAGAGCAGUUUCGUUUAAAGAAAUAAAAAUUUUGAUGACAGUGCCACUUUAACAUUUUUUACAUAUUUACAUAAAACUGUCGUGUUUUGAAUUAUAUGCGCGUUGCUUGGCGAAAAUGCAAAGCAGACAAAUAACAAUAGGGGAAUAUUGGCGUUCGACAUUCAACUAAAAGGGAAUUUAGUCAUAGAUAUCUUAUAUACACCAGAUAGCGCAUCUCUUUUAGUAAAAUUGAAGCCAAGAAUAUUCCAGCGGUUACCCAUUUGAAUAGAUGGCGGCCAUGUUGGUCGUUCCCACUCGCUAACAAACGCUUAAAAACAAUAAUAACUUUCAUCAUUUGAAUACUUUAAAAAUGUAUUUGGAAUAGGGUUAAUCUAAUAUUCAAGUUCCCUGUAUAAGAAAUAGGAAAUAUACGAAUCUUCUCUCAUUUCAUGGGAACGACCUGAGACUGCAAUCACGGCUUCAAUUUUUGCCAUUGCAAAAUAAUUAGAUGCACUAUCUAGUGUAUAUAAGAUAUCUAUGGAAUUAGUAUACUCAAAUUUUUGUUUAAAUUUCAACAAAAUAAAACUUGUUUGGUAUUUAAGAUUUGUUAUGCAGUCUCUAGAAUAGAUACCAGCAUGUUUGCAUGUGAUCAACUAUUUUGCAGGCAUCGUGCAGAGGAGAAGUGAAUGAAUGUCACAAUGGUGGAACAAUGAUCUGGGAUCCAGAGAAACCUUUCAACUGUCUAUGUAAGAAGGGGUACGAAGGAGAGAUCUGUGAAAAUGGUAAUAAUAACAUUAAUUAAUAUGAAGGCAUGCAUAUGGGAAUUGAAGGUAUACCUUUACGCCUGUAUUCUAAAAGCUCAUCCACACUCAAAGAGUGGAGGUUCAAUCUGAGCUUUCCUUGAGUGUCAUUGCUGUUUUUGAAUAGCUGGAGAGUUAGUGUCGUACCUUACUAUGGGACCAUUCACCCUCUAGCUAUUCAAAGCUAUUCAAGGGAAGCUCAGAUUGAACCUUAGAAUACAGGCGUUAGUCCCUCAUUAGAACGAAGUCACCGUUCAAUCGUAACCAAGUCUUUGUAACCAAUCGAUAAUUUGUCCGGAUCUCCAAGUGACCGUCAAGCUUGUAGGCAUCACACGUCGCUUUUCUGUUCGAAUCAUAGGAAAUUUUGACCUUGAUGUAAUUGAUAGAACGAGAAACACUCUGCUUUCCACAUAAUGUUAACUAAUAGCCGAAAUAAUCUGAGCACACGAAUAUAGAUAACCACUCCCAAAUGCGAACAGCAUUUCAAUAUAUUGUCAUGGACUCAUGGUAUACAUUGCAUAGUGUAUAUUUCCGACCAUACCGCGUCUUCAAACUUAAUGCCAACUUUCAAAACCCCUCUAAUUUGCUUGAUGAUUUUAUCCGAAAUACGCACUUUACGUACUAAGAUGAUUUUAUCCGAAAUACGCACUUUGCCACUUUACGUGCUUGAUGAUUUUAUCCGAAAUACGCACUUUACGUACUAAGUGAACGUUUAUCUUUCAAAGUAAAGUUACCUCAUAUAUUCUUGUUUGUUGCGGUUAGGCCUUUGUUACCUCUAGUAACACUCUUGUUUUGUUAUUCCAAUCCGUCAUUUACGAACCUCUCUUAGCCGGUUUGUCAAUAUAGCAUAUUUGUUCCUUUUGUUUAAUCUUACAAGAAAUUGAUAGAUGUGCCGAUGAAUCGACUAACGAAUGUGAUAUUCACGCAAACUGCACCAACACUCCAGAUUCAUACAAGUGUCAGUGCCACAUUGGUUGGAAGGGAAAUGGAAAAAAUUGUUCAGGUAAUUUUUAACCUGCAUAAAGUUCAGGUAUAAAGUUUUCCAUAAAACAAUUUCUUUAGUCCGUCAUAAUCAACACGAAAUAAAAUUUUCAUAGUGGCAUUAACCUGCCUUUAAUAACUUCCAAAACUAACAAAGCGUUACAGAUACGUAUUAUAGUGACUUUUAUUAACUUAUUAACCGAGCGCAAGAUCUUUACAGAGAAAUAUCGGACCGAGGUAUUUUUUGUAUACAGACCGAACCCGUAAGGCGAGGUUUGUACAAAAAUACCCAGGUCCGAUAUUUCUGUGUUAAUAAAGUUAAUAAGUUAAUAAAAAGUUUAUUAUAUGGCAUUUAUAGGAGUUUAUACUUGAAACAAACAAGACAUGCAUGUAUUACGGGAACCACUGAGUAUUUUGAUAAAAUACAAAACAAAACAAAAAUUGCCAAUGUAUUCCUUCCUUUCCACUAAAACUUUAAUAAAUAAAAAUAAAUAAAUAAAAACCAUUCGCAGAUAUCUUAUUAAUAACAAAUUGUAUUAUAAUUUUCAAAUUUUCAAUUCGUUUGGCUGUUUUGUUUCUAAAUGCAGGCGUGUGUUAUUACGUAAUGGACAAAUAAUGACCGCUAAAAGUGCUUCUCACCCAAUCACAGUCUGCCAUUUCACCGGACGUGAUGGUUUGCCAUAUAGUGGUACCUCUUAUUACUGGAAACUAAAACACUCGUAGAACUCAUACGUCACUACAUCCGGGGCCAGGUGCGCGUAUUUUCCGUAUUUCACUCCUGCGAGUGACAUACGAAGUUCUGAAAAUUUCCCGCCAUUUUCACUGUUGUUGCUUUAAAAAUACAAAUGGUCUUUGGUUCGUAUUUAAAACGAAAUUAAGGUUGGAAAUAAAACGAAAACAUUUAAAAGACAUGUUUGAGAUAAGUAAAAUUUAUUCUAGUUUUAUGUUUGCCGUAUAAUUUAAAAAAUAUCGCUUUUAUACUGGUCUGUCGCGUGCUUAUUUACAUGUCGUCUUUGUGUGUAUUGAUGUCACUCAGAGUAAGUCCAUAUAAUAAACAGAACAUUAAACGGUUGCGAGAAGAUAUGGAUUUAUGUUCUCGUGUCAAAAAGAUAGCUUAAGAUCUACGACGUCGACGUCAGCUAGGACGUCAGGGCCAAGCAGAGGACUGGAACUACAUUAGGACGACAUCCUAGUCCCAGUCCUCUGCAUAGCUCUGACGUCCUAGCUGACGUCGACGUCGUAGAUUUUAAGCUAUCUAUUGUUUUUGCCACUCGAACGUAAAAUUCAUAUCUCUUCGCAACCGUCUAAUAUCCUAUAUUUAUUACACAAUUGACGCGGUUUUCUUUGUUAUUCAUAAACCUUUGUUUUCCUUUGUUUUUCUUGCAAGUAUCCUAAAGCUUUAGUGGGGCUGAAUGAUGUAUGGUUACUAAUUAAUAUACCUAUUCAAGUAGCAGUAGUAGUAGUAGUAGAACUUUAUUUAUCCACGCUGACCCCGUCAACCGUAGCUGAUUUCCACGGGGGCGUGUGCCAGAAAAUUAUUUUACAUGCAGAAUAUGAUAAGGAUAAGCUAUUACAGUAAUAUAUGAAUUUAAAAGAUAUAACAAAUGUUUUGAGCUAUUUACAGGUAAGUUAUAUUUACAAAGGUUACCAAGCACUAAUGUGAGCAGCGAUUUUAUUUCGAAAGGAAGAAAGUGACGUGCUUUCCCUAAUUUCUUUUGGUAUAGAAUUCCAAAUGUUUGCUCCGUCGUACAUAAAACUAUUUUUCAUGCUAUUUGUACGUGGUUUUGGUAAAUAAAGACCAUUUGAGACAUCCCGAAGGUGGUAAUUAGUUUUCUCACUCUUAAACGAAAAUAGAUUUGUGAGUGAUUUUGGGCCCAUUUUGUUUAAUAACUUAUACAUCAUUCUUGCUUUAGUUUUCUUCCUUUCAGUUUGGAGUGGCUCCCAGCCCAAAGUACCUAACCCAAUCGUAUAAUCUACGUCAUUGUUUAUGUUCAGAAUAAUUCUUGCGGCUCUAUUUUGCAGUUUUUGCAGUCGUUUUGAUUGAGUUUCGCCAAAUACAUCCCAUACUUCACAGCAGUCAAAGUACGGACGAACAAUAGUGUUAUAUAUCAAAAUAAGUGUAACUUGCUCAACAAAUGGUUUGGUCCGACGAAUAGCAGAGAUUCCUGCUGUAACUUUUUUGCAGAUAUUUUCGGUAUUACUUUUCCAAGAUAAAUGCUGGUCAAUUGUUACUCCUAGAGUUUUGCAUUCAUGAACUUGUUUAAUUUGUAUAUUUUCAAUGUAAACAUUUGGGCAAGAGUCAGAAAUAUUUUUGAUCAUAGGUUUAGAGCCAAUCAACAUAAACUCUGUCUUAGCUACAUUGAGGCUAAGUUUAUUGGCUAUUAACCAUUUUCUAAGGUUCUCUAAAUCACAAUUUACUGCAGUCUCUAGGUCAGUCAUAGAAUUUGCUGAAGCAGUCAAAUUUGUGUCAUCAGCAAACAACCGCGGUUUUGUUUUGUUUAGACAAUGUGGCAAAUCAUUGAUGUACAACAAAAAGAAUAAUGGCCCUAAUAUAGAGCCUUGUGGUACACCACAUUUAAUCAAGAGCUCAGAUGAAAAUGAGUUUUUUAUUUGGCACUUCUGGUUUCUGUUUGUGAGAUAGGAUUUGAGCAAAGUUAGAGCUUGUUCUUUUAUUCCAUAGAGCUCUAAUUUGUUCAGCAGAAUUUGAUGAUCAACAGUAUCAAAGGCUUUCUUCAAAUCAAUUAAAACUACUAGGUUAAACAUUAUUCUGUCUAGAUUUACAUACCAAUCAUUAGUACAGUCUAGUAGUGCACUAGCUGUAGAGUGAAAUUUUCGAAAUCCAAAUUGAGAAUCACUGAGAAGCUCAAAUUUUGUUAAAUAGUUAUACAGUUGAUCAUACAAUAUCCGUUCCAUAAUUUUACUGAUGGCCGGUAAAACUGAUAUUGGUCUGUAGUUUCCAGGAAUACUACGCUGGCCAUUUUUAUAUAGGGGCAUCACUCUAGCAACCUUCCAUUCAUCAGGAAAAGAAGAUAAAGUAAUAGCCUGUUUGAAAAUAAGUGUCAGUGAAUCUGAGAUAACAGAUGCAGCUAAUUUAAUAAUUUUGGAAGAGAUUUUAUCGAUGCCAGUGGCUUUAUUCUUGGAAAGUCCAUGCAAAAGAUGAGAGACAUGACUGACAGUAACAGGUUGGAAAGCCGCAAAUUCUGAUUGAGCGUUUUUGACAUAGGUUUCAAAAUUGGAAUUUGAAUAAUCUAUUUUUCUAGCUAGAUCUGGGCCAAUAUUUGAAAAAUAUUCAUUAAAGCCCUCCGCAAUAUCUUCAGGACUUGUCAAGUUUUGUUCACCAACAUUUAGUUCAUUUACCACUGUUGGUUUGUUUUGCCUACCUAACAAGUUGUUUAUACUUUUCCAAGCUUUUUUGGAAUUAAUUUUUUGACCAGCUAUUUUUGAGGAAUAAUAAUCUUUUUUGGCACUUCUUAGUUCAAUAUUUACUUUGUUUCUAGCUGUUUUAAAGUUUAACCAAUCAUUCUCAUGGUUUGUCGAAAUGGCUUUUCGUUUAAACUUGUCCCUUGUAUUCAUAAGUUUCUAUAUAUCACUUGUAAUCCAAGGGACUUUUUUAGAUCUUAUCUUCUUUUGCUGAAGUGGUGCAUGUUUAUCUAGGACUUCAAGAAAUAAAUUUUUCCAAAUUUCCCACAUGGCAUUUGGAUCAUCAGCAAAGAAAUACACAUAUUCCCAGUGUUGUUUUAGCAGUUCUUCAAUAAAUUUUCCUUCAUCAAAAUUUUUCAUGUUUCUAAUUUCAAGAGUAUUUUCUUGUUUUGUAACAAUAGAAAUUUUCCUGAUUGCAAAUACUAAGCUAUGAUCACUAAUACCUGUGUGAAUGACACCAGAAUCAGAGAUUUUCUCUGGCAUAUUAGUAACAAUAUGAUCAAUAAGACUGGUGGUUGUUGGAGUUAUUCGAGUAGCUUCAUCUAUCAGUUGUGUUAAUUGGUAUAAUUCAUAUAGUGAUUUUAUUUUCUUUGUUGGAAUAUUUGAAUCGUUAUUUGUUUUUAGCAUAUUACAGUUCAGAUCACCCAGGAUAGUACAGUAUUCAAGUACAAUAUUUGUCUACUGAGCUCCAGUGCAAUAUAUGUAUAUUGAAUUUCAAUCCCCUCUUUAAACUUUAAGAAGACAUACCACGCUUUGGCACUUACUAGCAAUCACACCGGCUUGGAUUUGGAAAAGCUACAUUUAUACAUUACACCUUAUAGUGAGUCGACAGUUACUAUACGACAACUAUGAAUUAUAUGUUAUAGUUAAUUAUCUCGUGAAAUGUUAUACUGUAGAUUUCACCGUGUUUAAAUAAAGUUUUGAUUGAUUGAUUUGAAGUUAACCAAGCGGAUACGUAAAACGCGUACUGUUAAAAAGCUACACAAUCGGAAACGAUAACAAAAAAUAUGGCAAUGUUAAAAAGCUACAUAACCACAUGUUUAAAUGGCACAAAGUGAAAGUUUACAAAUUACAUAUUUAACGAUUGUCAUCACCUUUAUCAGAAUCUACACAUUUUUGGCCAGGACUCACGUAAAAUGCAUCUUUGAUUAUAACUUCGCGCUACUGCAUUUUCCCACAUAUUUCCUAUCAACACGAACCAAACAACGAAACGGGCAAAUCUUCAUUUGUGAAAUGGGUUCAACACGUUAAACCUGAUAAAACUUUGUCCUCAGUGCAAAUGCAGUCAACCGAUCUAAAACAAAGGCAAACUUCACAUAUGACAUGAAUAAAUUAAGAAAGAUAAUUUGUUAAAUGACUACUUUGCCUUUACAUGUGUCGCUUUUCAUAUUCAAAUAUGUACGUUUCAAACAAUCCCAACAGUGUUAAAAACAAUUCCCAUGCUACUAGUGUGGCGGAUAUGUGCAUGGAUGUUUCCGAAGAGGGUUAAAAGCACCAAAUUGUGCACAGUAGCAUCUUUUUAUGAGUAGAACAACAUGCAAAAGUGGGGCCAUCGUGAAACUGUUUUUUUAAAGAGUUACGAUGCUAUUAGCAUUAUUUGCUAUUAAAUUCUGCUACAACAAAAAAUGUGAAAUUUUGAAUUCAAUCGCGACAAAUAUAACUUGCAUCACCAGAAAGCUUGUAAAAAACUACAUAAAAGACUUUUAAACAGUUUUUUAUUCUUCAAAUGGUUAUUGCUGUAAAUUAGGCACAUUAUCUCGCUAAAAGUCCCUAAUUAAUUAUUCGAUGUUUGAAAGUUUAUAAUUCGAAAACUAUUUCAGAAAUCAAAAAACUGUGUAAACGUCUUAUAUGCAGUUUUUUAUACGCUUUCUGAUGAUGCAAGUCAUAUUUGUUGUAAUUGGCUAUAAUAGAAUUCAAUAGAAGAAAAUCACUAAUCACCCGUUUUCAGGAGUUAGCAGCAAAAUUGCGAUGGCCCCACUUCAAAUAUCUAUUCAGCAAAUAAAACUACAUCAAUUGCAAAAGUUUGAUGCUUUUAACCUCAACGGGAACCACUGAUCAAUAAUUUACACAUAUCCGCCUCACUAUACUGAAGUUUUUCUGCAAUUUUAUUUCAAUGCAUGUGUACUGAAAUGUACCGUCAUAAAAAACUUCAAAUCAACUAUUGUUUGCUAACACCCCUUUUGUUAAUUAAUUAUCGUUGCCAUCAUUUCCAUGCAAAGCAUUUUCUAUAUAUUUUGUUCUUUUGAGAAAACGUUGUCCCUCAUGUAAUAAGUCAGUUACUUAUACUUCGAACCUCGGCAUUUACCCAAAUACGUUCUUCGUGCUUAGCCAUGGGGAUGUAUUUGGCUAAAUGUUUCGGUUCUCGGUAAUUAACUUUUACGGAAGGUAUGGUAUGAUGUCGUAUGGUGUGGUAUGAUAUGGUAUUUUUUGAAAAGUAAUUGUUGCAGGGAAAAUGUUGAUAAAUUAACGAAAAUAUUAAUUGAAAAAUUGUUCAAAUUUCGGUGAGUUAGUGAAAAAAAAUGUCCGAAUUUUUGUCCUCCGUUCUCCGAAAUGUCCGUCGGGCACGACUUCCGACACGGUCGGGCAAAACAAGCGCACACACACCAUCCGUAAUACCCAAGUUACGGUCUGACUAAGCAUGGAUAAUAAAAUAAAUGGAUAGGAAACUAGCUGACGUGAUCUAAUGUUUUCAAUGGACUGAUGGCGUGAUUGGAUGUUGAAACCUAGUUGCAAACCAAAUUCUCAAAAACGGUAUGUUUAGCAAUAAUACAGCUAAACAUUUUAGUCAAAGAGCGAAUGAAUAUAACUACGCCAUUCUACGAUGAAAUCUCUAAGUAUUCCCAGUAAAUUUUUCAAGCACUAAACAGUGAAAAAGGCAUCCCAAAUUUCGUUAAAAUUGGGGACGCCAAUUUCGUAGAUACAAAUGUAAAAAAAUACAAAACGAAGACGAAAAACAUUUACCUUGAAUACUUUGUCGUGGCUUAGGCAUGUUUUUAAAACAAUUAGACCGGUUUAUGCUUAAAUAUUGCUCUUUUAAGGCGGAAAAUAUAGCGAAACAACAAAAAUGCAGAGAACUUUGCAAUACGCGUGACGUCACAGAUUGCAACUAGGUUGUUUUUGCUUACGUCAGCGAGAGUCCUAUCCAUUUAUUUUAUUAUCCAUGGUCUAAGCAAGAACGUUUCCAUGCCUUUUUCGCAGCUAGAGUUGAGUUAAAUAUCAUUAAUAUAACAAGCAAACUACCUCAAGUGCUGAAACUUAAUUGCAAUUAGUUACGCAACUGUUUCCCAAUUUCAUGUGAAUAUUUUGAGGAAUUCACGCGCUAAUUAAUUUUAAUUUCAUCUAUUUUAAGUUCAAAAUCAUGCUACGAUGGCAUCGAAACGUAGCUGCUUAAUUUAAUACAUUUAAUAACUUUGAUUAAUUGUAAAUUUUUAAUGAUUUAAUUUUGUGUAGAUUCAUUUCUUGAUUCAGUUAUAUUAUCCGGAGAAUUUAACGAUCAUCAUUUAUUAGAAACAUGGAUCGGAGGAAACUUUACUGCGAAACUGUGUUGGCGUGCAACUAGGGACGGAUGGGCAGCCAGUACCUUCCAUAGCAACUGUGACAACAAGAAACCGACAGUGACCAUCGUUAAAGUUGGGCAAUUUACAUUUGGUGGAUUUGCUACGGCUUCUUGGGAAGGUAAGACGAACACUUCAAUGCAUGUACGUUCAUGAUCAUUCGGAUAAACUAGACAGGUCGGUAAAUCGCACAAAAAUUGUCACAGAUUUACAAACAAUUUGCAACAAUGUUGUUGUGAUGCCAAUUUCAGCUUGUGUUUACACUGCUUGUUCCCAUUUAUUGUAAAGUCUGGAAAAAGUUGUUAUCGCCUUUUUAUAAAGCUAAUGACAGUAUAACGGUCCUCCUGCAAGUUGUUUCAACAACACUAACACAGGCUGUUCGUCAAUAAGUUGUUACGAGUGAGCUGUUGGAACAACUUGUUGCAAAUCAGUUAGCUUUAGCAACUUUGUUACAUGAUGUUGGAACUUGUGGCAAACUUGUCUAGAAGUGGGGACAGGAAGUGCCAACACCUCUUGUUGACAAGCAGUGUUGCUGUAUAGCUAGGGUGAACACCAAACGUGAUUGGCUGAUUUGUGAUCACGUGACUUGAGAUAAAUGCAAUGAAUUCCGCCUGGCAAUAGUAGAAAAUUGUUGCCCGCAGUGUGACCAGAUUUGGAAAAAGUUUUACUUUUGGUCAAGAAGAUUUGGUAAUGAGUUUUUUUUGGUAAAAUUUUGGUAAAAUCUGAAAGUUUUAAUUUUUAAUACUCAUUUUGGUAAAAUUGUGUGUUUCUUGUUUUAUAAUGUGCUCAAAGUGAUGAACAGAACUACCAUGCCAGCCAAGCCUCGUUCGCUGCGCUCCUCGUGACAUAUCAUGCAUGUUCAACACUCGAAAUAAAUCUGGUGUUUCCGCGCACCCAUGCUUGUGUAUUAUUCUCCAUAUAUAGCUUUAUUUUUCGGCUUCGUCCGAUAUAUCAUUGUUACAACAACGUUACUCAGUUUCAACGUUAUUAAAUAUACAGGGUUGUAGCGAAAGCUAGGGUAUUUAGGGAGGGGGGGGGGGGCUGGGCGCUUCCCCCAACUUUUACAAACUUGUAAUAUUCGGAAAAGUUAUAAGCCUACAUGGAAAUUCGGACCAGGGCCGUCGCAAAAAUAACGGAUUUAUCGGCAAAUUGUACGUUUUCGUAACCAGUGAAAAUAUUUCAGUUGCUCUGAUUACAAAGUCACACUUUAAUAUAGUAAAAAUUUUGAUAAGUUUACGAAAGUAUUACCGAAAAAUUUUAAUAAAUGAGAAUACAAUAGUUUGGGGGUUGGUGUGAAAUGAUACGUCCGGAAAUAUUUUGAACUCCACCGCUCGCCAAAGAUUUUGGGGAAAAAUAUUAUUUAGCGACAGAAAUGUUGUCGGAAAAUGCGAUAUUACACACCACUAACCUUAGCCUCUUCGCUAAGUCCCUGUAAAUAUAUUAAAACAAUACAUUUAUGUUAUAACAGGCGAGAGGGUCUGGAAAGAAGCUCCAGGGUCCUUCAUUUUUUCAUUGAGAAAUAAAGAAAAUCUCCCGCCAUUUAAAGCUCCACUGAAAAAUCAGAAUGAUGGACACGCACUCAGGGCCUAUCCUACUGGGGGACCAAUGUUUGGAGAUGGUUACGACAUCAGGAUACGCGACAAUGCUUCUUCGCACGCCGAAUCAGACACAUAUCUCGACACUUCCUACCAACCUCCAUCUGGCGUCAGCGAAGCCAGCACCAUCUUGGCAGGCACCCACAAAUUCACUCCGUCUCAAAUUGAGGUAUUUUAUCUUGUGUAGAACUAUCUCGAUAUAUUCAAUGAAACGAACAUUGUUCUUUUUUAAACCAAUCUUAAAUUUAGCUUAGUUCACGAACACCAAAUCUUGUCUUAAGCCUUGACCAAACGACAUGCAAGUCAUCGAAAGUUUUAAAUUCUCAGGCAUAUAAAGAGGGGAAUUGAAUAACUAAUUUGCUAAAGAAACACGGAUUUCUUGGGUUUAAAAAAACAGAUAUCUUAUAGCAUAAUUUGGGGUUAAUCAUUGAACUGAUGUCAGUGAAAACAACAAUGAAACAAAAUAGCUGUUUCCGAAUAUUAUAAAAGCUAAUACAAAGCAAUAUAAUUAAUAUAAAGCCCAUCCUUUACCCUUCACACAUGCAGACCUUCGCCACAGUGUGACGUCAUAUAUGAGACCCGGGAAUGCACGGAAUGUCCUACAAAAAUGUUAACAUGUUUCUUUAUAAAACGCAGCUAAAUAUGCAUUUUUAAACCAUUAUGUAUUUAUAAAAUUUACUUUCUAGAUUCUUUGUGUUAUUUAAUCAAAUUGUUCAUUCCCUUUCACCCAUUCUUCAAGAGCCAAAACUUGCGACGACUUGCGUCCCGUUUGAUGGCUUUAGUUUGAGUAAAUAACAGCCUAGUCCCAGUCGUUCUGAAGCAAGCGCGAGAAAAAACGUGGAUGUGGUACAAGACUGGGACCUAGGUGUGACGUCACCGCUAAAGGUGCUUCAGAACGCCUAGCAGAUUUCAGUAUUUUUAAUAUGGCGGAAAAUUUAUAUGUACAAAUAACCUUGUAAAUACGACAAUGUUCGUUGAUCAUGUUCGAUGUCUACAUAACCAUAUUCAAACUGUAUUAAAAAUGUGCUCAAUCAAAAAAAUCUAUACAAAUUUACAAUACUGAUUGUGAGCAAUGGUCGUAUAAUCGUUGAUGUUAUCUGUAUACUCACGCAAGUUGUGAUCAACACUAGACCAUACUGGUAUACACAACUACGCAUUCUACUUGACAGGUUUAAGUAGCUGAGGAGAUUGGAAAUAUUUGCCUGACAUGGCUGUGUUGUCAAAACAUUUUUAGUCGGAGACUCGCCAUAAUUUUCAAGCUUCUACAGUAGAUAGCAUUUAAUAUGGCUUUAUAUUUUAGUAAACACGAGUCAUAUUUAGCCCGUUAUUCCAUGUUACGACAGCAUUAGAACAAAACUAAUGACUUAUAAUUAUAAACGCAAAGGAAAUUUCCAUAACAUUUUCUAUUUACAAAUGCGGUAUGCUUGGUAACCAGGCCAGGGACCACUUUUUUGAAAUCAGGGACCAUUUUACCGAAAUCUGCUAGGCUCUCUCGCUGAAGCGUUCUGCACAGCAACCCAGGCAUAAAACUUUUAAGACUUAUUUAAAUACAUCAAAGCAGCGAUUAGAGAGAGAGAGAGAGCCUGGGACUAGGCUGAGUAAAUAAUAUUUAAUCGCUCUGCACGUUCCAUUCAUUGUUUUGAUCAUUUCGAUGAAGUAUUUCCCUUGCCUUUCCUUCUAUUGAUUAUAAUUACGAAUGUUGAUAGGCAUAUAACUUCCUAAAAACAUUUGAGAUAUUAAUUUAAUAUAUUUACUCUAAAUAUGAACUUAGAAUUAUUACAGUAUAAUUAUACUUUCUGUACCGCGAGCAAAAUAUAGCAACGUAAGUAAUUAACUAGUGUAUAAGUUUGUCUUAGUUUAAAUAAAGUUCAUUGGUUGCAAAGUUCAGUGUGUGAUAAUUUUUGUAGUAUUAUUAACGGACCGGUCAUAAAGUAUGUGUACUGGGGGGUGGAGGAUAUUCCAAAAUUCUACCAUAAAUUUGGCUUUAAAAAAGCGUCGGAAAAUAUUUAGCCCCCCUCCAAAGGAGAUGGGAAAUGUUUCGUAACCCCCCCCCCACACACACACAACCAAUCACCCUCGCUCCAAAAACAUAAAAUUCUAAGAACAUAACUGUUUUGCAAAUUAUUGCAAUCAAUUGUCUGUAUUGAAAUAUUUAGCGUAGUUAAUAAAAUAGAGAGUGUACAUGUUGAACAUGAUAUCUCAUGUUCAACAUGAGAAAUAAAUCUGGUAUUUCCAAGCACCCAUGUAUUUUUCUUUUAAUUAUGUAUAAAGGGCAGUCUUUGAAAAGCGAUAAUUUUUACAGAAAAGUGAUAAUUGAAAGGCGAUAAUUUUCACAUGACUGUGAGAUUAUCGUAAAUAAUUUCACAUGUGAGAUUAUCACUUUUAUCAGUGCUUGCCUUCUCUAUAAAGCACUAUUUAUAUGCCCUUGGUGAAAAUCUGGGUUAGAUCUAGAAAAAAAGAAAAACAUUGCUCAAAAUCUUAAUACCAAUUUUUAUACAAAAACGCUCAAAACACCAAUUCAUUAAUUAAAAAAUUGUGAAACAAACAAAUUACUCACGAAAUUAUUUGCUGAUUUUGCUCUCCAGUUACUUGCAAAUUUCUCCUGUGACGUUUUGAUUGAAUACUAAAUAUAAACUUUGUUUUAUCACUCAUUCGAAAGUAAAAGCUAAAACUAAUUUCGCAAACAAACACUUAACUCGAGACUACUCAAAGUUCUCAGAAUCCAACUUUGUCAAUGAUCUUUCCCGUACUGGUUUGAAUCAUGUUGUUGAUUUGAGCGAAAAUGAUAUAAACAAAUCGUUUUCAACAUUUUACAAUAAGUUAAAUACAGUUAUCAAAAAGCACGCUCCCCUUAAGGAAAUUUCAAAGCGUAAAGCAAAGCAGUUAACAAAGCCAUGGAUAACUAAAGGUAUCAGGAAAUCAAUUAAAAUUAAGAAUAGGUUAUAUAAUCGCGGUGAUAAGGAUAAAUAUAAAUUCUAUAGAAACAAAAUUUUGACACUCACUCGUCGGAGUAAAAAGGAAUAUUGUCAUAGAUAUUUUGAGUACAACUUUGCAAAUACUAAAAAGACCUGGGAGGACAUAAACGAAUUAAUUAAUCGGAAGAAGCAGUCAACUAGACCUAUCCCGUCUUUAAAAUGUCCUAUAAGCAACAGAAUGAUAUAUGACGAAAGUAAGUUUCCAAAUAUAUUCAAUAAAUAUUUUUCAUCAGUGGGUCAUAAUUUAGCUAGUAAUAUGCCAAAUUCACAAAUUCCAUUCACAAAUUAUCUUCCAAAGAUAAAUAACCGAGGAUCAUUUCAAUUUAAUCCUAUCAUACCGCACGAGAUCGAAAUAGAAAUUAUGUUAAUUCCAAUGAAAAAGGCACAUGACCUAUACUCAUGCCCAACUCGUAUUUUAAAAUGCGCUAGACACGUUUUAUCCAUUCCUUUAUCUGAUUUAAUGGAUAAAUCGGUUGAAUGCGGCCAAUAUCCAGCUAAAUUAAAACACUCAAAAGUUAUCCCUAUUUACAAAAAGGACGAUGAAACCGAUCCUUCUAAUUAUAGACCAAUAUCUCUUUUAUCAAUUUUUAACAAAAUUUUUGAGAAACUGAUGUAUAAUCAUUUAAAAUCUUUUCUUGAGAAACAAAAUAUCAUAUUUAAAUUUCAGUAUGGUUUUCGGGAAAAAUAUUCAACUUAG